CCCAGUCACAAGACCACAGAGCAGAUCACUCUGGCUCGCUCCCCCCAGCAUGUUUCAGAAAUGUGGUAGGUUGUUCUACAGGCACGAUGGCUGCAACGAACUCCGAACUUCUCUGGGAAUCUGGACUUGUGAUAUCCUUCGAAUUACGGAGCAGUUAAUGAUUUGGCAAUAACUACUGUAUUAAACUAAAUAAAGAAUAAGUAUCGUCUGGGCUGUCGCAUCAGCUGGCGCGCUGGUUUGUUUUGUUUCUGCGUGGCGAAUGUUAACGUUAGCUAGCUAACUAAGCAGUACAGUAUCAAGCUAGCGAGUCAAGAUUGUGACAUUGGAGCUAAUAUAGCUAGCUAACACCUAGGUUGUUCUAGCUUGGUACUCAGUAUAGUGGGAGCUGGUGUGUAGGUGAUGUUCUCCGUACUUUCAUACGGUAGACUGGUUGCCAGAGCAGUAAUUGGCGGACUCUCUCAAACGGAUAGCCGCGACUACAGCCUGGUAACAGCAAGCUGCGGGUUUGGGAAGGAUUUUCGGAAGGGUAUCUUGAAGAAAGGGAUGUGCUACGGCGACGACGCAUGCUUCAUUGCACGACAUAAAUCUGCCGAUGUUUUGGGUGUGGCAGAUGGAGUGGGUGGUUGGAGAGACUACGGUGUGGACCCAUCACAGUUUUCAGGGACCCUUAUGAAGACCUGUGAGCGGCUGGUAAAGGAGGGACGCUUCGUUCCAAGCAACCCUGUGGGCGUCCUCACAAGCAGCUACUAUGAGCUCCUACAGAACAAAGUGCCUCUGCUGGGCAGCAGCACGGCCUGUAUCGUGGUGCUGGACCGGCAGAGCCAUCGGCUGCACACUGCUAACUUGGGAGACUCUGGCUUCCUGGUGGUGAGGGAAGGAGAAGUGGUGCACCGCUCUGACGAACAGCAGCACUACUUCAACACCCCCUUCCAGCUCUCUAUCGCCCCACCCGAGGCAGAGGGGGCCGUCCUCAGUGACAGUCCCGAUGCUGCAGACCGCUCCUCCUUCGAUGUCGAGUUGGGGGACAUAAUUCUCACAGCCACAGACGGCCUCUUCGACAACAUGCCCGACUACAUGAUCCUACAGGAGUUGAAAAAACUCAAGAACACCAACUAUGAGAGUAUCCAGCAGACAGCCAGGAGCAUUGCAGAGCAGGCCCAUGUUCUGGCAUACGACCCCAACUAUAUGUCGCCUUUUGCCCAGUUUGCCUGUGACAAUGGACUGAAUGUAAGAGGAGGAAAGCCAGAUGACAUCACCGUGUUGCUGUCAAUAGUGGCAGAGUACACAGACUAGAGACUGUAUUGAGGCUAGGAGGGGAAUUAGGAGAGUUUCCUCUUGCCAUCUGUCUCUUGAAGAUGUCAGACUGCUUUGAUUCCUGCUGGUGGGGAUUAGGGACUAGUGUUGGUGGCUGACUGAGCCCACCUUUGGCCCCCUGAGAUAAUCAGUCCUAUUUCUCAGAUGGAACACUGACAAUACAUGCAGUUCUGACAUGUCUCUGUUUAGAAUACUUGCUGCAAAGGAUCUAUCUGGGAAAUGUCCCAGUUGUCAUUGACAUAAUCCCCGUUCAGUGGGAUGAAGGACAUCAGCAUGUUGGAGAUGAGGCUCUGGCUCUCACAUUCUUUUUGGACUUGGAGCAAAACUCAGGAUGGAGAGAGAAAGGUGGUCAGUAUUAGCCAGUCAAAAGCGUCAGAAUUGAAACUCUGUGAAUCAUGCCAAUGAGGGUUAAUCACAGGAACCGAGCUGAUUCCAGACGGGAAGUAGCAUCAUACCAUCAAGUCGAAAUGAUAGGGCCAUGAAAACGCCACUUUUACAGUGACUCACAUUACACACAAAAACAAACAAUUAAAAGACGUUGAAGGGCAAAACAAAUAUGCGGGUAUAAGGGCAUGCAUCAUUGUGAUAUUAAAGGAUGUUAGAAUGUUUUGGUAGAUCUGUGGGAAAGGGAUUACGUGGUAUUUUAAGUUAUUUGACUGAUCUAAGGGGUUGUAUGAAGACUAGGUGCAGUUGACACAUACUUUGCCAUAUCAGUACAAUUUGGGUCAAACACAGACCAAGUGAAUCAUUUCUAAGGAUGUGAAAUGUUAAAAUAACUUCUUUUUUUUAAAUGGCUUGAUGUUUCUGUCAAACCUGUUCUCUGACCCCUGCUGCGAUGCAAAGAGUGAGUGUGACUGCAAGUGAUGUUGAAGGUUGUUAUGUGUGAGAGUGUAACCUGGAGGCUGUCGCGUGUCAGAUGUUCAUAUUGUAUACAUACGGAAUGGAUGGGUUUUAUGUAGGCUACACCGCUUUUUUUUAUAUCUACUGGGAUGCAAUGGUAACAACCAUUUACGCACAAGGUUAAAGAAAGUAUAUCUAAAAGUUCACAGUGGACGUUGGUCAAGUGACCAAGCAGAUAUUAUUUUAUUUCUGCUUUGGUUUGAUGGGGUGGGAAUCUGGACUGUUUCAGUUUAGCUUCAGGGAAAAUUGUUCACAAUCAGAAUUUCUCCGUUGUCCUCGCUGUAAAGCUCCAAUGGCACAUUUGAUGAAGUCUUAUGAAUCAGGUCACUAGUGUUUUUAUUUAAUUUAACCGAUUUUCUUUUUUGCUGCAGUCAAAAAUGUGCACUUUGCAUUUACAACAUAACUCUUGUGCAGAAACAUUUUAAGAGUGACAUUUCCUUUGUAAAGGAAAAUUCCACCACAACUAUCUUUUGGUUAUUUGUUUCAUUAGUCAAUUGGUUCAAUAGUCCUGAAAUGUAUUGCUUGUCAGCAAUCAAGUUUUAAGAUAAUUAGCUGAAAAAAAAAAAAACAUCACCACAUGAUGCAAAAUGCAUCAUACAAGGAUGAUUUUUGUAUUUUCAAAACUAUAUUGCUGACAAGAAACAUUUUGGGACUAUGAAACAAAUACCAAAAUAUUGUUUUUGGGUGAGGUUUCCUUUAACAUGUACUAUGUACAUGUUGAUUUAUGGAGCUGAUGUGCCUUGUAUCGGAUGUUAUUGAUAGUGGCAAAAUUGUGUAUCAUAUUGUUCCCUAAACCCCACACUGUGUCAGCUAUGGAGACCGAGUAGAAAUGGACAAGUAGCCAUAUGAUUCACACUUACUUUUCCCAUUGUGCCCUGCUGUCUUAAUGCUUAAUCUGCGCCAUCUGAUGGGAGACCUCUCGUUCCCUUUCAAUGUGUUCAAUGCCUCUCACCAUGGGACACAUUCAAAUUUGAAUGGUCAAGCUAUUUAUUUUUAAAGGGGGGGAGCAUGACAAAUUAUCUUAGAAUCCUUACAGGCCCAAUACAGCUGUUUUAUAUCAAUAUCAAAUUACUUCGACACAAUUAAGUACAUCAUUACUGUAAUAGAUUUCCAUAAAAAUGUGAAAAAAAUAACAUUUUAGAAGUUUGGAACCCGCACCUCUGAUUCACAGGGGUUGGAUUAAAUACCACAUUUCACUUGUACAAGCUUUUCCCUUUUCUUUGUUAUUAGUCUAUUAACCAAUUAACCGCAUGGUGAUUUUACCAUGGAAAGCCCAAACUCCUGCACAUGCAACAUUGCUGAUUAUAAGGUCCUGUGCAGAUAGGAAAUAACAAAUCUCACUUUUGCAGAGUUUCAUCAGCUAUGAUACAAUAUAAUACACAGGAAAACACCAUUUUGACUGCACUGGGCCUUUUAACAAGGUUCUGUGUAUCAACUGUAAUACCCCUUGGUUUUCUUUCUGUUGAUGUCAUGGUGUUCCCUCACUACAGGCUACUGUCCUGCUUCAAGGGCUCUCCCCUAACUAGGAAAAUAAUAUCUAUGCCGGUACUGACCGAUGUAGGGCUAUCAGGUGUUUUAUGACAUAAAAAAACCUGGAGGACUUAAUGCCCUGCAUACAUUUCUUACUGCGCUGGGAGAUGAAACACACCUGCACUGGAUGGCCCAAAUGUUUUCGUAAACCUCAUGGCACUGUAGAGAUUGCCAAGAACCCCACCAGCCUUAAAAUACAAUCAAUUCUCCCUGUCAGGCGGCACUAUAUCAAAGCUUCUCCAUGAUGUCCAUAUCCUGCUCCACACUGACUUAGUGACCUGCCAGUACCCCUGUUCUGUUGGCCAGUUCUAGACUUCAGUUAAUCGUUACGUUCAAAAAGCAACGUUUGUUACAGUGAGCGCUAUAUUUUAUAUAUACAGUUCAACAAUGCCAUGUUUUCAAAGCUGUAACAUAUUUCAAUAAAGUACAGUAUUUAUUAA